ACGCAGUGAAAGGUUCGCCAGCGCUGAGAACGAUCAGCCACGCCAGCCAGUGCGUCCGCGGCCGCCAACCACACCUUGUCGAGGGAAACACGCUCGUACGCGCGCGCAUUUCCACACGUACACCCUCGUGCCGUCACCGCACACACCCUCCGAGUCAACGUGCAACCCCCGUGUCGUCGGCGCCGUUUUCGACCGGCCGUUUCGCUUUCGACGCAGUCUGCCUGUUGCGGGACGCAUCGCUCAACGAGGGGAGGAUUCCAAGUGCAAGACGGGUAAUUGACAAGGACUUAAAGAAGAUGGACGUGAAAGGGCGAGUUGCCCUGGUGACGGGCGCCGCUUCCGGUAUCGGUAAAGCGUGUGCCAUAGAAUUAUUGAAUGAAGGCGCAAUGGUGUCUAUAUGCGAUAUCAAUGCAGAAGAAGGCGACAAACUAGCGGAGACUUUAACCACGGAGUACGGAAAAGACCGCGUAAUUUUCUGUCAAUGCGAUGUUACAGAUUACUCACAAUUUGAGGAAUCGUUUCAAACGGCAGUCGCAACGUUCGGUCACAUCGACAUCGUUAUUAACAACGCUGGAAUAAUGAACGAUCGAUUUUGGGAGCUGGAGGUCGACAUCAACGUUAAUGGCGUGAUACGCGGAACUUUGCUCGCUCAGCGAUUUAUGGGCACCGAUAGAGGUGGUCAGGGUGGUAUAGUGGUUAAUAUUGGAAGCAACGUCAGUAUCACCCCCUAUGCGAGUGUUCCCAUUUACUCUGCCACGAAGGCGGCUAUCGUAAACUUCACCAGAGCGUUCGGGCACCAAUACCAUGUGGAUUUAACCGGUGUGAAGGUGAUGGCACUGUGCCCAAGCACGACGGACAGCAAACUAUUAGGAGACGUCAGUAAACAGCUGCUCUGGGCUCGAUACGUUGACGCUUGGCUCCGUGACGUUGCCAGUUCAGUUUCUCAAAGACCGGAGCACGUGGCGAAGGCAUUGAUACAGAUUCUGAACGAGGGCAAGAGCGGAAGCGUCUGGCUAGUGGAAAAAGAUCUGCCAGCGCACGAGAUCACAUUCCCGAAAAAAAUACAGAAUGUCAAGCGGUGUCAAUUUCAUGUGGCUAACGUGGAAUGUCAGAAAAAGAAAGGCGGCAAGAAGAAGAGGAAGGGCAAAGAUGAAAUAAAAAUAAUAAGACCUGAUGAUUGCUCCGAUCUGCCUAAACCGAUUCUCGAACCUCGGUGCAAAACUGGUUUGAUCAUCGGUGGAUCGCAAGGCUUCGGUUUCUCGGCGGCUGAUCAUCUGCUAUUCAUAAAGCUAAAGCAGAUGGUCAGAGAGAAACAAAAUUUAAUUCUCGUUACGCAGAAAGUCGUAAUAGCUGACGAUAAUUACGUUCAGGGACAAAAAGCAGCGGAACAAUUGUGCAACUCUCACGGAAAAAGACGUGCAGAGUUUGUACAUUACAACGUGAAAAGUGAUUGCCAUUUGAAAGCUGGCCUGAAACGCGCCCUUUGUAAGCUGAAAGUGAUCGACAUUCUCUUUAACGAUCUUGAUAAAGAAAUGUACCCAUCGAAUUGCCCGACUAUGCAAAAAGGCGAAAAUUGCACAGUGAAAACGAUGAAGAUAGGGAUGAAACUGUUAGGAAAGAAGGACGGUGGCUCUGGGGGAAUAAUAAUAAAUUGUGCGAGCAUUUUCGGUUUUAUGGGAUGGCCUCAGGAUCCCUACCCAAUUUAUUGCAAGAAAAAGCCGGCUAUAGAAGUUACCAAAGCCUUUGCGGAUGAAUAUAAGGUGAAUGAAACUGGAGUACGUAUAGUGGCCCUCUGCCCAUCGACUAAACGUUUCUCUGAGAUAGGAUUGCCAGAUUUUCCGGAACCCAUUCCGAAUAAAAUAAACGAUAAACUGCCGAUUUGUUUGCCACAAUCACACAUUGGGCCAGCUUUGUGUUACGUCCUGGCAUGGGCAGAAAGCGGAAGUGCGUGGUUAGUGGAACCAGCGGUUAGCGUGCACCGAGUUCCUCGGCUGAUACAUUUCCCUGAGAAAGAGGGCGAGAAAGUUGACCCGAAACUUUACGAAGCACAAGGAUGCUCGGUCAAUAUCGAGUCACCUUGCGUUAAGUCCCCUAGCAAAUGUGUUGUAACUGCUAAAGAUAUGUGUAUAAAGAAAGAAAGUCCAAAGAAGAAGGGUAAAUCAUCGAAAUGAAGAGUGAUGUUCCUUUAAUAAAACAAUGUAUUUGA